AGGUCCUUUACCGGCUACGUUUAGCGAUUUCUGGAGAAUGAUCUGGACAACGGGGACUGUGGUGAUUGUAAUGUUAACAAAGUAAGAUACAACGGUACCUUUGCUCAUGUAGAUGGACAUUUCAAUAGAUUAUUUACUGAUUAAAGGAGAGAAUGGUAGAUUGUUUUCUUGACUAUAGACUCUAUAGUCGUGAUGUAGAUAGUGCCUUUCCUGGAAGAGUGUGUUUCACAAGAGUGUGUUGGGCAUCGGUGGCUCAGUCAUCAAAGCAAGCGUCAUUCACCUUUGAGUUCGUGGGUCGGAUUCUCGCUACGGACUCAUGUGAAAAGAGUCAGUCAACGCUCUGCCGAAAGUCGUGGGUUUUCUCCGAGUGCUCCGGUUUCCUCCCACAGGGAAAGUUGACAGGGUGGGUUAGGAUAAACACAGUUAAGAAAUUAAUAUCACAAUUUUUGUAAAGAUAAAAUAGUCUAAGUAUGUAAUUAGGAAAGCGUAAUUUGAUGUAAAUCGCAUUUGAUCACACCCACAUGAAAAUUUGUGUAAAACAAAUGGUAAUCGUAAUCUUUGGACAGGCAAGGAUUGCAUGUUUUUGUUUGAUUCAUUUUACUGAUAACCUGAUGUGAUCUUCACUACAAUUUUUUCAGAGAAAUCCAACGUGGUCGCGUCAAGUGUGGACAUUACUGGCCUGACCCGGGAGCAUUUGAACAAUACAGCGAUCUUGAAGUGAGCUGCAUUGAGGCGACAGAAAAAGAUGAUUUUAUCAACAGACAAUUCGUAAUAAACAACACAAAGGUAAUUUGAUUUUGUAUUAUCUUUCUAGGGCGUUCAACAUCUUACGUAAAUAAAUCAAUUCAGAUUUGUUCGUCGAAUUUUCCCCAAAUCUUUGGUGAACGGGUAGGGGUAUAUCACCCGUAAACCGGGGUGUCUUAACCUCUCCAUUCUGAUUUGUCUUUCCCUAGACAAAAGUAUCACGGACUGUGCAUCAAAUUCAAAUGAUAAGCUGGCCUGACUUUGGCGUUCCCGACUCAGCCGAACCAAUAUUCCAGCUUAAAUCAAUGGUGGAGGAUCUACAGACCGCUGGCAAAACGCAGGCUCAACGUCCACCUGUCGUGGUCCAUUGCAGUGCUGGUAUCGGGAGGACUGGUAGCUAUAUGACGAUAAGUAUUGGCAUUGAUUCUUUACUAAACACAGGCAGGUGUAACAUUAUUAACACGGUCAAACGUAUUCGUGGUCAGCGGGCGCUCAGCGUGCAGACCGCUGACCAGUAUGAACUGUGUUACACAUCAUUACUAGAGUACGCGGCGUUGCACGUGACGAGCAUAGAGCCACAGGAGAAAAUUGAAAUUUUGGAGUUUUUGAAUAACUGGAAGAAGGCUCAGCCCGACGAGCAUCGCUGGUGAUGCGCGCGCAACUGAAUUAGAAUUGAAUUUGAAAUGAAUGAAUUUGGCAUGACAAUGAAGGCAUGCUUGGAUGUAAAUAGUACUAAGUAUUACUAUCAGAAUAAUACUGGUGACUUAGUACAGGGAUAUAAGUAGUAUUACUUCGUAAAAGUUUAACAGUUUAAGGGUAUAUUAUAUAGCAUGAAAAUUAAAUGCUUCUGUUCCGUUCACCGUAACAAGAAAAUUUACUAAGUCGGAAUACCACACACGCAAAAAUCUCGCAUCUUGUCGCUAGUUUACCAACAAGUCGUGACGACGCAAGGUUGUGACAACACAAAGUUGUGUUCGCACUGCUUGUCCCAAGUUGUCAACAAGUUUGGAACAAGCUGUUAAACAACUUGUAACAACCUUGUUGAUAUUAUCAGACUUGUUGCAAUGUUGUGCCAACAAAAAAGUCCGAUACAGUCAUGAUAUAACAAUAUUGUUACAACCUUGUGUCGUCAACCUUGUAACGUUACAUUCUUGUUAUAUCAUGACUGUAUCAGAUUUGUUAGAACAGUCUUGUAACAAGUCUGAUAAUGCCAUCAAGCUUGUUACAAGGUGUUAACAGCCUGGUCCAAACUUGUUACAACAACUGGGAACAAGCAGUGCGAACACAACUUGUCGACAGCUUGUGAACAGAUUUGUAACAACUUGUUUGCAGACUUGUAACAACGUGUGCGUUUUUACGUGUGUAACAGUACUUUAGUACGGAAAUAUAAGUAGCAUUAUGUACUUCCCCUUCUUAAAAAUUUUAGGGUAAUUUAUAUAGCAUGAAUACGACAUGCUUGCUUCAAUAGUAGUACUAGUAGGAACUAUAAGUACUAUAUGUACUAGCAAAAUUUCAAGCAAUUUUGAUAAAAAUUGCGAUGCAAUAUUAGUAUAUUAUACAUGACAAGUGGGAUACAUGCUUGAUACUUUGUUAGAAAGUACCAACAUGGCAGAAUUUCAAGUAUUUAUAGUGUAACGGGGAAAUUUUUUCCUCAAAUUGACUAUUCAGCAUGCGAAAUAUCACAUGAGAGUCCAGUAUUUAAGUAUUUCUCAUAACUAAUUGAAAUUUAAGAAUUUCUAAAUACAACUAUAUUAUGAAAUAAUUCAUACAGCAUCUUAUACCAUACGUAGGAUUUCAGAAAUUAUUUUAAUUCCUUCAUUCACAUUAUUUAUGGAGAAUUUUACAUCUUUAUUUAUUAAUCAACACUGUAAAAUUAUCGUACAUUUUGUGAAAUAUAAAUAUAACUGAAAAUAACGGUUUUGACCAAUCUUGUAUUUCCUAGAACAAAAAUCUAUAUUUUUACGUUAGUGGAUUCACUCAGACCUUCACUAGUGGUACCUUCCCACUUCCGCUUCUAUAUAACUAAUUGUUUUGUAUUUCUGUAAUCUGUUCUAUUGUUCUGUAGCGAUUACCGCUUUAUCG